AUGUACAUUCCACAUUCAUCAGGUUCCACUAUGUCGAUUCCUACUUUACAUUCGAUCAAUACUACGAGUGUUAUGAAUAUCACUAAUAAUAAUAAUAAUAAUCAAAAUACAAGUGAUGUGUGUAAAUUACAAAAAAUCCCUAAAAACGAAUUCAUCAAUGAUUAUGAAUUUGGAAAUUAUUCAAAUCUAGAUCAAGUUUAUCCACUGUAUAAAAAUUCAUUGAAGCAUGAUUUCGAGAAAUUCAGUACACCUUAUGCAAUCACUAUGAAUGCGCAAUUAACACCGAUGAAAUUAAACAGUAAUAAUAAUAAUAAUAAUAUGAAAAAGGCGCUACCAUCUAAUUAUCAAAAUGAAUUAAUUGAACGAAAUGUUAAAUCGUUCAAUGUUAAAAAAGAAAUCGAACAUCAUGACAUGAUUGACAAUAAUAACAGUAAUAAUAAUCCUAUCAGUAAACAUGAUAAUCACAAUAAUUUGAACACUUUUGGUUAUAAUAACAAUCAUAAUGUGUUUACUUCUAACAAUUUCAUCAAUCCUCUCAUUGUAACUUCAUCUUCAACAGCCUCUCCCGCUCUACAUUCAAUUCAUUCGAAUCAUGAUGAGAAAAUGUCGAACAAUUUAUUGAAAUCAAAACAUCAACUAUUAGUAAAACAUUUCAAUCAUCCUAUGAAAUCAAAUUUAGAAAUUUGUGAUUCAAAUAUCAAUAAUUCUCUAACAAAUAAAAAAUAUUCAUGUCGUCCACAAUACACCACUGUUAAACGUCAACGACGUCAGAGAACACAUUUUACUAGUCAACAAUUACAAGAAUUGGAAGCAACAUUUGCUAGAAAUCGUUAUCCUGACAUGAAUUUACGUGAAGAAAUAGCUACAUGGACAGAAUUGUCUGAGAGUCGUGUUCGAGUAUGGUUUAAAAAUCGUCGAGCUAAAUGGAGAAAACGUGAAAGACAUUUAGAUGUGGUCCUUCGUGGAACAAUUCCUAAUCCUUUUGCACCUUUAAUUCGUUCUGGAGUUGGACAUUCACCGAAUGGAUUUGUUGCCCAAUCAUUAUAUGGAACAACUGAACAUAGUUUCCCGCCUGUACGACAAAAUCAGCUGGCAAAUACAAUUUUAACAUUUUCACAACCACAAGUAACUUGUUUUCAAAAUUCCGCUACAAAUAAUUCAUGUAAUCCUUAUUCAUUUAUAUCUAAUUUAUCAUAUGACAAUAAUGUAUUACCAAAUUUAACAAAUAGAACGAAUUCAAAUACUUUAAAUCAAACUUUCGCUAAUUUUACAAAUGAUAAUCGAAAUGAUACCGAUGAAUGUCAUAAUUAUCAUGUUGGCUUACCGAGUACAUGCCCGUUUAAGUCUAUGAGCAAUGGUAAUAAUAAUAGUAGUAAUAAUAAUAUUGAGUCACCCUAUUCUACUUCAUACUGUUUAUCACAGAAUGAAACAAAUUUACAGACGGGAUUUCCAGUAGGUUUACCGAAUUCCUCAUGGAUAACUAAUUUCAAUAAUAUUGAUUUCAAUAAUAAUAAUAAUAAUAAUAAUGAUAAUAGUAAUAAUCUACAAUCAACAAAUUUCAGUGCAGCAGCUUUUGCUGCAUCCAACAUGUUGAAUACUUAUUCUUCAGUUAUUCAUGGAAUUAAUUCACAAAAUCUACUUGGUUUUAGCUCAAAAAAAGAUUCUACUACUUAUCCUACUUUCACUGCAUCGAAUUCAUUUUUAUCUAAGGAAACAAUCAAUCCAUUAUUCAGUUAUUCAAAUCAAUUGCAAAAUCCUACUUUACGAUCAUUGGAUGUGUCAUCCACUAAUGAAAACACUGUCACUCAUAGUAGUUGUCUUGAAACGACGCUGAUUUCAUCAACGACAUUAUCAUCGAUAGGAACAACAUCAGUACCGACAAUGACAAGUAUGUCCAAUUGGCCAUCUAUAAACAAAUCUUUGGUUUCACAUCAGUACUUAGAUGAUUUAACUUCAAGAAAAAUGAAUACACCUAUGAAUAAUGAGACUAAAUUAAAUUCAAAACAAUUUCUACUUGAUGAUAUAAACAGUUCGUUGAAAACAUUGAAAAAUACCAAAGAUUACAUGAAAACAUCAUUCAAAAGUGACCAUAAAUCAUUUUUGCCACAAGUAAUCAAUACUGGACAUCAUACUACUAAUAUAUGUAAUAUACAUCAUUCAGAACUAACUGACAAUCCACAUUUUGAUAACUUGAUUCAUCCUUUUAUUUUAAAAAAUGAAACAUAUUUUGAUACAAACGAAACCAAUGAAUCUAUAGAUUGUAUGAAUACAAAUCUUAAUUUUUCAUCAUCAUCGUCAUCAUCGAUCCCAUUGACAUCUGUAUCCACAGUACCUUCAAUGUUGAAUUCAUUAUCUACAAAAAAGUAUGAUUACUUCCAUUUAAUGAAUUCAUCACAAUCGAACGAAUUAUUUUUUGAUCAUAGUAAUCACUGUAAAGUGAAUGGACAGAAUUUCACAUUCGAAGAACCAUUAUCGCUUAACAAAUCAUUGAUUCAUUCUCAUUCCUAUCGUCAAACACAACCACAGUCAUAUCAACACCAGAUCAAUGAAUCUAUACCGAUCAUGUCUAAUAGUACCAAUAAUUUCUCAUUUCUGCCAACUGCAGCGAUGAUGGCUGCAGCUGCGGCUGUAAAAAUCAAUACAAAUGUCUGUUAUGCAACAAAUUUGAAUGAACCAAGAAAUUUAAUGCAUAUUAUGUCGAAAAAUUCAAUGUCAACUGGGACAAUAACCAAUCCAACAUCAUUAUCUGAACGAUAUACAGAUUUGAAUAAAUUCCCUGUUGUAACAGAUACUUUACGCAUAGCAUCGGUCUCAUCAUCAUCAUCAACAACGAGUAAUGUAAAUAAUAAACAAAUUCACCAUGGAAAUGAUCGAAAUUCAAUGUUCACGCAGUAUGUUCUACCACAAACUAUUCAUGAAACAAAUCAUUUGAAUGAAAUUCAUCCAAUUUCAAAUUCAAAUCAUCAUCCAUUCUAUAAUUAA